AUGGGGGGACUCAGACAGGGGAACUCAGACAGUGGGGGACUCAGACAGGGGGACUCAGACAGGGGGCAACAGACCGGGGAACUCAGACAGGGGGACUCAGACCGGGGGGGUGACAGGCGCGGGGGGGGAGAGGAACCCAUCCCCCAGGAACUCCCCAGGAACCCAUCCCCCCAGGAACCCAUCCCCCCAGGAACCCAUCCCCCAGGAACUCCCCAGGAACCCAUCCCCCAGGAACUCCCCAAGAACCCAUCCCCCAGGAACCCAUUCCCCCAGGAACUCCCCAGGAACCCAUCCCCCAGGACCUUCCCAGGAACCCAUCCCCCAGGAACUCCCCAGGAACCAAUUCCCAGGAACUCCCCAGGAACCCAUCCCCCAGGAACUCCCCAGGAACCCAUCCCCCAGGAACCCAUCCCUCCAGGAACUCCCCAGGAACCCAUCCCCCAGGAACCCAUCCCCCAUGAACCCAUCCCUCCAGGAACUCCCCAGGAACCCAUCCCCCAGGAACUCCCCAGGAACCCAUCCCCCAGGAACUCCCCAGGAACCCAUCCCCCAGGAACUCCCCAGGAACCCAUCCCCCAGGAACUCCCCAAGAACCCAUCCCCCAGGAACCCAUUCCCCAGGAACUCCCCAGGAACCCAUCCCCCAGGAACUCCCCAGGAACCCAUCCCCCAGGAACUCCCCAGGAACCAAUUCCCCAGGAACUCCCCAGGAACCCAUCCCCCAGGAACUCCCCAGGAACCCAUCCCCCAGGAACCCAUCCCUCCAGGAACUCCCCAGGAACCCAUCCCCCAGGAACCCAUCCCCCCAUGA